UUUAGUUUAGACAGGGUAGUUGUGUUAUUUGUGGGUAUUGCUCGUUUCAAUAACUUAGUAAAAUAAUAUUGAAGUGAUGGUUGAAUACUAUUGGUUUGGUGUCAUAUUUAAAUUCAUUUAUUCAUAUUAUUUGGAUUACUAAACGGCAUAAUUCCAAAUGUCUAGAUGAAAUAUGCUGUUGCGUUGCUGCUCAUGUAGUUUUGUGUCUAAACGAACUUAAAUGGGCCCAUGAAUGGAAGGAAAUAAAGAGACUUAUAUGUAUAUAUUUUCCAGGUAAAAAUGCAGACUGGAAUUUAUAAACAGAAAAAUACCGGCAGUCACUCGGACAUUAAUCCAACCUUCUCACCUGGCAAUGAAUUGGUGGCAUUUAAUAGUGAAAAAAUCAAUUACCUUUGUGAAGGUGUUGAUCUUAUAUUAAAAGAUCGACAUAAAUGGCACGGAGAUCGAGGCGAUUGGGAUGUGCAAAAUGGAAACCAGGUGAAAUGGUCACGUAACAAUAUCACUGCGACAAUGGAAAGAUUUGAACCUAUAGGUGAUCCUCUUCCACCUCCACCUUCAUCUACAUUUUUAGAUUAUGGACUUGCUGCCACCGUAGUGGCCGCGAUUAAAAAAGAAACUGAUGAUGUGCAAAUUGUAAAUCCUUUCAAUGGAACAUCUAAAGAUUUUGAGUCCCUGGGCGCAGUUGGAUCAGUAGAUCACGUUUAUUCGUACGCUUAUUAUGAGCCUCGGGUAAUGAAAUGUAAUUCAAAUAUUUCUCAAAAAGAUAUAAUAGAAAAAUGUAAGAAUGAACACAUCAGUUCCCGACAAAAUGAAUCAAAGGGGUUUCGUUUUAAAGCAAGUUGUGAGCAGAAAGCAUAUUUGUGCUUGGAAGAUCAUCAUAGUUAUACAACUCAUUAUGGAACAACGGAAAAUUUGUAUGAAGAAGUUAACGAAAAAAAUGUAAAACAUGUACUUUGUGAUAAUAAUAUAUCGAUAUCUGCAAAAAACGUUAAAGAAGAAAUUUUACAAGUACAACGUAACCACUUCCGAGUAAUAGAAGAGCUUAAUUUAUCACUGGAAACUUUUAUUAUGCCUCCUAACCUGACCCCUAACAACAUAGAGGAAACUGCAGAAAGUAUUGUGCACUGUGGAGGUGCUGAAAGCGAUUUGUCGUCGACUGUCGAAACCUCAAAUAAAUUAUUAAAUCCGAAACGUUGUAAAUCUGGUUUGAUAGGAGGACCUUUAUCUUCCUUAUCCAUAUCAGAUCAUCGCAGAAAAAUUUCAAGUACAAGCCUUGAAGAUAUUGUAGAGACUUUUCAAUCUAUGGACGUAAAAGAUAAUUCUCAAAAUUCUUCUAAUAAUGUAGAAUUCGAUGAAGAAGAUUUGGACAGUGGAUUUAGUGGUAGUGUUAUUAGUAGCGGGGCUAGCUACAAUGAAAGCUUGCGGUACAAUAAAAGUAGAGGUGCGCCGCAGACACGCAGCAAUGCCUUUUCUAAAAGCUCGUGUUGUUCAUCCCCACCUUCGAAUGAGUUUUCCAUAAAAAAUAAUGUGACAUCUCAACAAUCUACCUCUGUAACAAAUAAACGAUUUUGCGAAAAUUUUCUCCCAAGGAAAAAAGGGCAUGAAAUAACUCCAUUUAAUAGUUCCCAUCGUUAUUCGGAUAUGCAUCAUUUAUAUAUUCGUUCAACACCAGAAGCACUUUCAACUGGUUCUAAAUCUGGAAGUAGCUUUUAAACUGAAAAUUUGUGAAGUUGUUCGUCAGAAUAUUUCCCAGCACCUUUCAAUUAAGGAAGUCGUAUAACGAGUAUUGCAGGUUAACUGAAGGACGAGGGUUAGUUUGAGAGCAUCUUAUUAUUAUCUAGGAAAAUGUUAGACUUUGAGUAAACUAUUCGAUGGAGCUGUGCACAGAAUCAAGAGCCCGCCAUCACCGUAUCAUCAAGCAACAAGUAUUUUAUAUCUACCGAUAAACAUAUAUGUAUAUUUAACACUUUCGUCCAAAAUCAAAAAGUUUUUUUAUGCUUAUUUCUUUACAGACAAAUGAUAAUAUACAUACAUAAUUUUUAGAGUAAAAUAAAGUAAUAUUUUUGCUGUGUGUAAAAUUUGUUGGAUGCUGCUUUAAAAAUUUCAGUGAAACUAUAGGGGCUAUGGGGUAACCAUGUUACUAUGAUUGUUCCAUUCCCGCGACAGGCGGGUUGUUAUUGUAUUUAUCAUAACGGUGUUCAGGUUUUCUGUGAACCUUCUAGGGUCGAAUAACACUCCUAUGAAUUAAUUUUAGUCUUUUCGUAACUAAUAAUAAAUAGUUUUCUGUGACUUGAGCGCACAAAGGAAAAUUAUUACUUUUUAACGCACUAUGUAUUUGUAUAUCACAUUUGUAAUAUAUAUUUAAAUACUUUUACUGUUUAUAAUUUUAUGAAGAAUUAAAUACUCCGCAAUACGCACUUACAAUACCAA